ACGCGGGGUUGUCAAACAGUAAAGUUUCGUUGAAUCCUCCGUGCAAAGUGUCGGCGGAGGACAAACUAGAGAGCCUCAAAGUGAGGGGUAAUGUGAGCAGAACUGGAAGAAAUUGACCGAAGUGAAAAUAUUUUGAAGGCUUCGCUCGAACCCUCCGCCUUAAAAUCACACACAUCACCGAAGGAAUUAAAAGGAGGACUAGCUUAACUCAAGUCGAGCAUUAAUAGUUGGGACCUCCUCGCAGCCUGCUUGCCCUCUGAGGUGCCUUCAUAAUGGUGACCCUAAAAGAUUCCAACAGUUUUCAAUAAAACCACAGGAGCAAACUCUAACACUUUCUGCACCAACUUCCCAAACGUAUUCCUCUCACGGCACCGGUGCAGCCAUGCAUCUGGAGGUUAAGGUCGCCCUCAACUUCAUUGUGUCCUACCUGUACAACAAGCUGCCUCGGCGCCGUGCUGACCUGUUCGGAGAGGAGCUGGAGAGGAUACUCGUGUCUCGGUUUGAGGGACACUGGUACCCUGAAGCUCCUAUGAGAGGUUCUGCUUUCCGCUGCAUCCACCUGGGAGCCCAGAGGGACCCUGUGGUGGAGCUGGCCGCCAAAAGGAGCGGCCUGGACACUGAGGAGGUUCGAGCGAAUGUGCCAGCAGAGCUCAGCGUGUGGAUUGACCCCUAUGAGGUUUCGUAUCAGAUUGGGGAGCAGGGGGCAGUGAAGGUGCUCUACCUGGAGGACCCGCCAGGCCUCGGCUGUGAUGGUGAGAGAGCAGAGGGAGUGAUAGGAGAGGGUAAAGGAGGUGGAGAGGCUGAGGAGGCCAAGACCAUGGGCUUUAACCCAGAUGCUCAGGUGUUUGUUCCAGUGGGGAGCCAGGUAUCUCCUGCCCUCUUGCCCUCUCUGUCCAGCUCCCCCACACCCCUCUCCUCCCAGCCCUGCCCGGGGGUGUUUAGCUACCCCAGCUCCAGCACGCCCACGGACCCCGGGGCCCACUCCUCCAACAUCUCCACCCCAUCUCCACCCAGCAGCGGUAUUCCCUACCUUCCCCCUCAGCAGCCAGCGACCACUCUUCCUCCUACCCGCCCACAGCCCAUGACCUUCACCACUGCCAGCUUCGCCGCCACUAAAUUCGGAUCCACCAAAAUGAAGAAGUGCAGUGGGGCCGGCUCGGUGGCUGGCUCCGGCGUCAUUCUGCCACCCCCUCAAAGGAUGCACUCCCGCUCUCCCACCGCCAUGUCUGCACCAGAACUGAUCAAGCACAAGCCCCUCUCUCUGUCUUUGCACUCCCUCGGAGCCCCCAUGUCCAGCCAGCUCUCCCCCAACGCCAAAGAGUUCGUCUACCCAGGAUCCCCCGGGCCCCUCUUCUUCGAUGCUGACUCUCAGCCCAUUCAGUCUCAUGCCAGCCCUUUCCAGCCCCCCCACACCGUCAGCACCAACCCGCCCUUUGACUCCUUCUCCACCCCCCCGACCCAGAGCAUGAGCAUCAUUGGCAGCGGCGGCGGAAUCUCUUACAUGGAGAAGCCGCCGUUCGUUGAAGGACUGGGAAGCUACAGCCUGCAGUACCCGAGUCAGUCCUUCCAGCCUGUCGUUCUGGCCAACUAAGCCUUCGUUUACAAAGAGCUGAGACAGGAGGAGCUGGACAGUGAUGCUAAGCAUAUUUUUUUUCUUAACCAGUUGUUCUCAAGCUAUCCAGUGCUGUUUAGAUUCAGUUUUACUACCAAGAAAAAUCUCCUCAACUAGUUAUUGUUUCUUGAUUUCUAACUCUAGAUAACCUCACUAUCUACCCGUUUAUCUAUAACUUUUUCUAGUCAGUUUUUUCCUUUCCUGGGGUGAGUUUUUUUGUUAUUCUUUCUUAAACGUAAUUUUUUUGCGUUGAUUGUUGUCCAUCUGUGUUCUGCUGGACCCGACUGUAGUAUGGCUCCAUUUUGCACUGCACUGUCAUGCUGUGAAUAAGGACUUUGCCAGGUCCUGCAGGAAAAAAAAACGGCUGUGGAAAAGUCAGCACUUUGCUCUGCAAUCUGCUCUGCCCUACUGGCCAAAAAUACAAAGAGAGAUGGGGAGGGGAGGGCUGGGGGGCGGAUGUUUCUAUAGUUUGUUGUGGCUCAGCUCCGAGGUCGAUGGUGAAGGAGGCCUUUCACCUUCUGGCUUUUGACCCUAGUAAAGAAAUGGAGCAGAAGGUGGUUUUUUGAAGGGCUGCGGUGUUGAAUGUAUGGUGUUGGGGAGCGCGGUGCAGCUGUAGAGGUUGGAAGGAGCCUUUGUGAAUGUGAGACCGAUGAAUCGGCGUUUAUGGACCAUAACCAGGUGCUAACUCCUCAGUGGAAUUCUGGGAAACGUACAGAGCUGUUUGCAUUAAUCUGCACAUGCAUGCAGUAUGUGAAGGUGAACGGGCUGGUGCGGAGGGGAGGGGAGGGGAUGCAGCAGCUAAGCAGUAGGGAUUGUGACAAAUGGCUUAGCAUGACUUUGACUAUGAAGGAGGGCUUUUUUUUCUUUCCACACAGGAUGGAAAGAGACGGGAAGAUGGAGGGGAAGUGAGACAAAAGGGGAGAUGUUUCUGUUUGUGCGUUGUCCAUUGUGUAUUGGCAAGAGCAGGGGGUGCUUUAAAACCCAGCGCACGUUUCUAGUGAGCUUAAAUGGUAUUGAAGCAAAAGGCGCAGACUAUUCUCUCCCUCCUUUUGAAAUUCUCCUGCAGUCUCUGCUGCUCGGCCUGAGAAUCAGAACAGUACAGUUCGGCUUCCUCUGGACAUAGAGCGGCAUUUCUGUGGAGGUUCAUUUCACAGCGAGGUCACAUGAUGAUGAUGAUGAUGAUGUUGUUGUUGUUGAUCAGCCAUCACAGGGAAGGUAACCUCCAGCUGUCCUGCACUUUAACACUGGGUUCCUGAUGCUGUCAACAGACAUCAGUUCCCAACCAUUCGUUUGGUUGUUGCACAUUUUAUUCUAAAAAUGCUUUAGAAAUGUAGAAAGUUUGUACUUGGUUGCAUUUAACUUUAAUUCUUUAGCUGUUAAUUUGAAUGUUUUUUUUUUCAUUUUCAAACCUGAAGCAUUUCACUAUUGUUUUGUAUUUGAUUUUUCAUAAUCACACUUUUUUUUCUUUUAUUUUUAAGGAAAUAGGUGGGGAUACAAAUGCAAGAAAUAACAUUUUUUCUAUAACAUAUUUAAUGCUUGUCAAUAUUAAAGUUCUGUUUUUUAGUUUCAUAUGUGCUAAAUUUAUAUUUUCAGAAAAUAACAUGAAUAUAUGCAAAUUGAGAGAAAAUAAAAAUGUACAGAAUAAAGUUUUGAAUGUGUAUUGUACCUUGUACAACAUUUGUCUAUAAUGACGGGUAAAUGUAUUUUUUCUUCAGCUCGGAUGGCUCGAGAUGGGAAUGUUUACAGCGGGAUUUUGAUGAAGGAAAAACGGCCAAUAUACUUUUUCUUUAGACUUCCGAAGCCGUAUGAUAUUAACGUAAAAGGCAGUAGAUUUAAACCAAAAAUUCCUACAAUUUAUUUUUAUAUUUUGGGCAUAUCAAUCUAAAAAUCCCUUUGACCUUCUUAAUUAAUUUAAACUUCUGUAUAUUGGGCAUCGUACUAUAGUUUCCAUAUUUUAUGUAUUCUAAAUUGGAUAUUUUUUAAUUUCUUUUAUUUCUCUUUUUACCCACAAUUCCUCCCUCUAAUGGUCAUAAUUACUUUUUUGUAUUUGCAAAAAUGUUAAUUAUUCUAGUUUAAUUCCAACACUAAUAUUAACCUUAAAGAUGGGGGGCUACUUUCUCGUUAGUUUUAUGGAAAACAUUUUAAUUUAAUCGGCUGCCCUAGUUUAAAUAAUCUAAGGAAAAACUAGAAUAAGCUUUAUUUUGAAAAUCUCACGUCUUGUCCUGGUCACAACAGUUCAGGGUUGUGAGUUUCACUGAUGCUGUAAACGAUUAUAAAUGAAGGCAAGCAGGGAUGACGAUAAAUGAAGAAUAAUUUUGUACUCUGGUGUCCUUAUAACAGUGUGUGGGUUAUUUUGCACAUGGAAAUAUUUCAUUGUCAAAGUUUUAUUUUCUAUGUAGACUUUAACAUUUAAGAGUCAAAUAGAAAUACAAGCUCAGAUGAUUAUAUGAAUAUGAAAAAUUGCUUUGUUUUUUGCUUGUAUUUUAUUUUUUCCUCUUUUGUAUCCGAUCUGUACACCCUGUAGAUGUUUAAGGAAUCUUUCACAACUGAAAUGCAAUGACCUGUUUUCUGUGCUGCCCCUCGGGAAUGGGGGAGUUACUACUGCAGUUUCUUAUUGUACCAGAUUCUUUUUUUAAGUUUAUAAUAAAAACAGACUGGCAAAAAAAAGUAAAGCAUGGGAAAUAAAGUGCUUGUGUCAUCCUUUG